AUGACUGAUAUAAAAAAUGAUGAUAACGAUGAUAAAUAUUAUCAAAGUGACGAGUUUUCAGAUGAAAACACCUUCAAAUUACCAAUGUCUAAUACAUCAGUCGUUCAAGACGACGAAGAAAAUCUUCGUAGAACUCCUAGUAGUCUUAAUAAUUAUAUUAUUUUACCACCCAUUAAACCGACAACAAAAGACAAUAAUUUAGAACAGCAAUAUUUUAUUAAAAAUUUACAAGAAAAAUAUCAACAACCUAAUAGUAUAUCAGACUUGGGAAAUGACGCUAAAUUGGAUGAUGCUUACUUAAAAAUGAAACGACUUGAUAAAGCACUUGAAGAAGCAUUUGAAAAAGAGAAACAAGUCAAAAUUGAAACGAUGUCUUUAAUGAAAAAAUUACGUAGUGAAAUGCAAUCAAUGACUGUAGCUCUCGAUGUUGAUUCCAAUGAUUCAUCACAUACACAAAUAAAUCUUAAACGAUUUUUAGCACUUGAUGAUGAGAUUUUAAAACUUGAUGGUUCUGUUAUUGACGACGAAGAGUAUAAUCCCACUGAAUCAAUAUUUAAAACUCAAAUCAGUGAUCCACUCGGAGAUUCUAAUAAUACAAAUAAAUUUAAUAAAGAAUCUCCACAUGGAAGUACAAGAACGAAUUCAUUUAGUAAAAAGAAAAAAUCCAGUCGAUCAUCAAAUUCAACAAAUAAUACUAAAGAUCAAUCUAAAAAGAAUAAAGUACCAGAAAAAGAUUUUAUUAAACGUAAUAUACAAUUAGCAAAAGAAUUAGGUGGUACGUGGGCAUUAACUGACGAUGAAAAACAACGUUUAAAUGAAUUACUUAAUGAAGAUGAUCAAGAAAAUGCUGUUGCGCUAACAAAUCAUCACUACAAUGGUUAUGCACCAUCUAUGGAUGAUUCUCAACGUUUAAAAGAAAUCGAUGAUUUACUUGAAAAAGAAUAUUAUAAUCCAUUACUGAAUCACCAACUACGACGAAACAAUGACAAUUAUAUUGAUUAUAGUAGUGUUCAACAAAUAACAAGUGAAGAAAAUGAUCAAAUGGAAAAUCAUUUUGGUGAACAAAUAUUAAAAGAUACACGUUUACAACGUGAACAUAUGCAUAGAUUAAAAAAAAUUGAUGAACAACUACAAUAUAUACAUCGACCAAAAAUAGAAGAAAAAAUUGAAGCAAAUUUAUCGGAUGAACAAUUAAAUGAAUUACUUGGCCAAUGUGCAGUCGAUGAAAUAAAGCAGCGUUAUUCAUUUCUUAAUCAAGAUAAACAAGAUAGUCAAGAGAUUGAUUUUAAUGGUUUAUCAGAUUAUGCAUUAACACAUUAUGUAGAAAAUAAUCAAGGGCCAUUGAUUACAGAUGAUAUUAUUCAAUUAUUAAUUCAUGAAGCUCAACAAGAAGGUAUAAUCAUGCGUAAAUUAGGUUGUGAAGAAGGGGAGGAGGAAGAUGAUAUUGAUUCUUUUCAACUACAACAAACUGAUUCAUUAGUAUUGGCGCCUGCUAUUGAUCGACCUAUUUCAUCAACAUCUACUUCUUCUCAUGUUGAUCUAUAUAAUCGUAAUAAACAUUGA